GAAGAAAUGGGGAACUGGACUCAGCUCCAGCUGCUCCAACUCUUCUCUCCUCUGGAUUCAGAUAGUUUUUGGGGUGAGGGGAGGUGAGCGGACCGAUCACACGUGUCCCAGCUCGGUCUCCCCUCUGGCCACCUCAGCCCCACCACAUUUAUGGAGAGAAAUUAACCCGUAAAACUUAAUGAACAAGAGAACUCCAUUCGAACUGAGCUGGAAAAGAAUAUCUGGGAUUGUGAGAGUGGAGGAGACCUCUAGCUAGCCCUAUGAGCUUUGAAACCACAGCAUUCACUUUCUUCAUCAUCCUUCUAAUUUGCCUCAUUUGCAUCCUCUUUUUAUUGAUGAUUUUUUUAUAUAAAUGUUUCCAAGGCAACAGAGGGGAAGAAACAUCUGUCCCUUGUACAGAUGCCCACAGAGGUGAGGACUGUUUAGCUGCUAAUGUGGAGAGGAAAAAUUCAGGAGAGCAAGAAAAGAUCCUAAUGGAAAUCAUAAACUUGAAUGCACCGAUGAGGCCUGGCAUUCUCGUCCAGAGGAGGAGUAAGGAAGAGGUGGCCACAGCCUUAGAAAACAGAGAGGACGGGGAGGCAGAGGAGGAGGACAAAACAAAAGAGAGGCAAGAGCCCAAGCACGCUGAAGAAACUGGGCAAGAGGGUGACAAUUUGCAGAAAGAACAUAUACCUGCCACUAGAACAACUUCAGUCGUUGAUAACCAGAAAAGACCUUUAAAAGGAGUGACGUUUUCUCGGGAGGUCAUUGUCGUGGAUCUUGGGAACCAGUAUCCUGGACCUCGAAGCUAUACUCGAGAGCAUAAAGAGAGAAAAUGAAACUCCGAAAGUCUGAGAGUGAAAGAAUGUUGCCCAUGACCGACACUGAAAAGAGAGGGUACAAACUCAUGUGGAAACAUCAAAAUAAUGGGGAAUUAAGCAAACACAGCUAGUAGUUAACCUCUGUGUAGAAAGAAGUGAGCCACAUGCAAAAUUCUGUAAGUAAAAAACUC